AUGAGGUUCCUGUGGAAGCUGGUGGUGAUUCUGGUGUGUGUCCAGAGGGGAGCGGCCCGCCGGCUGAGCCCAGCGCCGGGUAAGCCUAUCAGAAACCGCAGACGCCGUUACCCAACGAGGACCGGGGGAACGGAGCCGCCACCGCCGCAGCCACCGCAGCCAACGCAGCCACCGCAGCCACCGCAGCCAACGCAGCCAACGCAGCCAAUGCAGCCACCGCAGCCACCGCAGCCAACGCAGCCACCGCAGCCACCGCAGCCAACGCAGCCACCGCAGCCACCGCAGCCACCGCAGCCACCGCCGCAGCCACGCCCGCCCGCCGCCCGGCCUCGCCGCUCCGCCCCGGCCGCGCCGUGCGGCCUGCGCUCCGUCCUCCUCCAGGUGCGCCACCUGGGCCUGGGCUACGACUCGGACGAGAGCGUGCUCUUCAAGUACUGCGGCGGCGCCUGCCCCCACGUGCGCUCCAACCACGACCUCACGCUCACCAACCUGCUGCUGAGCGGCGCGCUGCCGCGGCCGGCGCCCGGCGAGCCGCGGCCCGACGCGCCGUGCUGCCGGCCCACCCACCACGAGGACGCCGCCUUCCUCGACAACGCGCACCGCUGGCACAAGGUGGAGAAGCUGUCGGCCGCCGGCUGCAGCUGCGUGGGCUAG